AUGACUGAGGAAUGCGCAGCGCCUGCUAGACCGAUCAAAGCGAUAGACAAACAGUCUGUUCAUCAGAUCUGCUCGGGUCAGGUUGUUCUGACUCUUGCCACAGCGGUGAAAGAACUCGUGGAGAAUAGUAUUGAUGCAGGUGCCACCAGUGUUGAUGUCAAACUGAAAGACUAUGGGACGGAGCAGGUCGAAGUUUCUGACAACGGAAAGGGAGUCGAGGAAUCAAACUUUGAGGGACUGACCUUAAAGCACCACACAUCUAAACUGAGGGAUUUCUCAGAUUUAAUCCACGUGGAGACGUUUGGUUUCCGUGGUGAAGCCCUCAGCUCGCUGUGUGCCCUCAGCGACCUUAGUGUGGUGACGUGCCACGAGACCGCGCAGGUGGGCACGCGGCUGGUGUUCGAUCACAAUGGUCACAUGACCCUGCGCGCGCCCCACCCACGACAGCAGGGCACCACGGUCACGCUCCAGCAGCUCUUCUCCACCUUACCUGUUCGACACAAAGAGUUCCAGCGGAACAUUAAAAAGGAAUAUGCCAGGAUGAUCCAUGUGCUGCAGUCUUACUGCAUCAUCUCUACUGGAGUUCGCAUUAUAUGCAGCAACCAGAUCGGACAAGGCAAACGCAGCACAGUGCUGUGCACCAACGGGGCCAACACCAUGAGAGAGAACAUUGGAGCGGUGUUUGGACCCAAACAGCUCCAGAGUUUGAUCCCAUUUCAACAGUUAUCGCCUACAGAAUCCAUUAAGGAGGAUUUUGGUCUUACUGAUGUUGAGUUACCGAAGGAUCUGUUCAUAAUCACUGGUUUUGUGUCACGGGGGGAUCACGGUGUCGGCAGAAGUGCAACUGACAGGCAGUUCUAUUUCAUAAAUAAAAGACCCUGCGAUCCGUCGAAGGUUUCGAAACUUGUUAAUGAAGUAUAUCACAUGUACAACAGGCAUCAGUAUCCAUUUGUUGCUUUGAACAUAACUGUUGCCUCAGAAUGCGUGGACGUGAACGUGACGCCCGAUAAGCGUCAGGUCUUCCUGCAGGAGGAGAAGCUCUUAUUGGCUAUUCUGAAGAGCUCACUAAUCGCCAUGUACGAAUCCGGUGUCAAUAAGAUCAGCCUCAAUCACACACCCCUACCAACAGUCAAUGUGUACCGACCCAGUGAUCCUGCCUCCAUUUCAGACCAUCGUGGGACAGCUUCAUGUUCAGAAGCGACCCCAGAGGUUGAUUCCGAGUCUCCAGUUUCUACCCCGAAAUCGUCUCUUAAUUUAGCUGGGUUAAAAGCAGCGUUCUCGCUUAAGACGUCUUCUGGACUUGCAUCAAGGACUUCGGACAGUAAAGCUGGUUGCAGCGGAUCGACACAAAAGAACCUGCAAUCCUUUUUCAGCUUCUCUGAGAAGAGUAAAGUAAUGAGACAUUCUCCAAAAUCCCCACUGAAAUCUACUCCAGUAGAGCCAUUCAAGGGUUCUCCAGUGAAGGUUUCUGGUUCCGAUGACGUCAAGAUUGAAAGCACUUCAGACAACGAUGUUGAUUCUGCUUUCUCUGAACCAACCUCCACCACAAAUACUCCAGAGUUUUUGUGUGGAAGUGGCGCUGAAUUGAACUCUCCUGAUCUUGCAGUAGAGGAGUCUGCUGUUAAAAAGGAGAUCACAAGUACACGUGAGCUUGUAGAUGAUUUCAAAGCAUGUGAGUCUUCAGAACAGGAGAUGGAAGAGCCACAGAACUCCUCUUAUGAGAGAAUCUCCAGUCCAGAGCCAAAGAGAGCCAGGCUAGAUGAAUCUCCCCCUGCACAGACCAGCGCACUGGUUCCCAAAGGAACCGGCCCUUCCUUUAGUGUGUUUGACGCUCCCGUUCACAUGACGAAGAAAAUCGUGACUUUUGAUUUUUCGAUGGACGACCUAGCUAGACGGAUGCAGAAACUCAAAACUCAGCAGGAGGGAAAGGGCGACCGAGAGCUGAUGUACAGACGCUUCAGGGCAAAGAUUCUCCCGGGGGAGAACCAGAGCGCGGAGGACGAGCUGAAGAAGGAGAUUAGCAAAGACAUGUUUAAGGAAAUGGAGAUUAUUGGGCAGUUUAACCUGGGUUUCAUCAUCACCAAACUGAAUUCAGACCUCUUCAUAAUCGACCAGCACGCCACCGAUGAGAAGUACAACUUUGAGAUGCUUCAGCAGCAUACCGCUCUACAAGGACAGAGGCUUAUAGCACCCCAGAAUCUCAGUCUCACGGCCAUAAGCGAGACUAUCCUCCUCGAAAACAUCGAAAUCUUCCGCAAAAAUGGCUUCGACUUCCUCAUCGACGAGGACGCUCCAGUCAUGGAGAGGGUCAAACUGGUGUCUGUACCCACCAGUAAGAACUGGACCUUUGGGCCCGGUGAUAUCGAGGAACUCGUUUUCAUGCUGAGCGACAGUCCAGGGGUGAUGUGUCGGCCUUCCCGUGUCAGGCAGAUGUUCGCCUCUCGAGCUUGCCGAAAAUCUGUGAUGAUAGGCACUGCCCUGAACACCAGCGAAAUGAAGAAGCUGGUGGUUCACAUGGGGGAAAUCGAGCAUCCGUGGAACUGCCCUCACGGUAGACCCACCAUGAGACACCUGGCCAAUCUGGACGUCAUCUCUCAGGACUGAUGUCUCCCAACA